UUAAGAAGGGUAGUUUCACAAGCUUUCAGGAAGGUGUUCAACGAUGCUCAUUCGGCACUUAGAGCUGGCCAUUUUGGAUCAAAGAAAGUGCUCCGCGAACUGAGCGGACGAGUUUUCUGGGAGAAUAUGGCUCGCGACGUGCGACUUUGGACGGAAGAGUGCAAGAAAUGCACGUUGUUCAAUGCACGACAAGAGAUGACGCCUCCGCUAAAACCCGUGGUAUCAACAGAACCGUUUGAAAUGAUCGGCAUUGAUAUCCUGGAAAUGGGACCAACAUCUAAUGGAAAUAAGUAUAUCUUGUCCGUUAUUGAUCGUUUCACUAAAUUUGGAGGAGCUGCCCCAUCGCGACGAAAUCCGCGGAAACGGGUCGAUGUUGGAGAUCCACGUUUCGAUCCGUUGCAUCUGCUUCAUCCAUGUCAAUGUGGAAUGUUCAACACACGGGCUCAAGUGGGCUUGCCUGGAUUACGUUGUGAUCUAGCUCGUUCUAAACCUGUGAAAAAUUUGUAUGAAUUAGCAAAUGUAGCCUCCAUUGCAUUGCACCCUCACUGGGGAGAUGACCGUGAGGAAACCGAACUCCUCAAUAAGGAUUCGCGUUAUCUCACAAUACACGGGCUUGCUACAGCGAUUCAAGCUCACGCCAAAUUCUGCUACAAAUUCGCUGCUGCGGUGAAAGAAAAGGAAGGCGUCGAGCUGUCGCAUCCACCACUGUUCACGACCAAUCCAGGAUAUGACAUCGAGAUGUACUAUCGGAUGGCCAUGGCUCGACGAGCGCAAAUCACUUCUCAGUCGCCGGAAUGA